AGAGAGAUGGAACAACUGAAUCCCCACAGCGUUCUCGUGACCGGUUCCAAUCGGGGACUUGGCUUGGAGCUGGUCAGGCAGCUGGUAAAGAAAAGCAACCCCCCAAAAUGGAUCUUUGCCACUUGCCGGGAUCCGGCUGGAUCCGGUGCUCAGGAUCUGAAGAGUUUGGCUGCUGAACACCCACAAAUUGUCAUCAUCGCAUUGGACACAAAUGAUCCAUGCAGCGUUAAGGAUGCUGCAGCCAAAGUCACAGAACAUCUAAAGGAGGCUGGACUGAACCUGCUGGUUAACAAUGCAGGGAUUUUAAAACUGAGCACCAUAGAAACAGAAACGCCAGAAAACAUGUCGGAGGUUUACAAAACCAACGUCAUUGGGCCCAUGAUCGUCAGUCAGGCGUUCCUUCCCUUGCUAAGGAAAGCAUCCCAAAAAAGUCCCCAGAAAGGCAUGAGCUGCAGCAAAGCAGCCAUCCUCAACGUAACUAGCGAGUGUGGCUCCAUGACAACCCUCUUUGGCUGGAAGCUGAACGAGUUGAUCUCUUAUCGCUGCAGCAAGUCUGCUCUGAACAUGCUCACUCGAUGCCAGUCCAUGCACUUUGCCGAAGAUGAGAUUCUGUGCAUUACACUGCACCCUGGGUGGGUGCAGACUGACAUGGGAAAUGAAUUGGGAACACCCCCACUGACAAUGGAGGAAAGUUUGCGAGCUAUUCUGAAGACGCUCGGCCGUCUCUCUGAGAAAGAUCAUGGCACGUUUAUUAAUUGGGAAGGGAAUCUUAUUCCCUGGUGAGACAACCAGGAAUCUGCUCCACAGUAUUGCAGAAUAAUGUUCUCAUCAAAGGAAAUGCAGUUAAAAAAUAGAGAUUACAGAUUAACAGAGUUGGAAAGGACCUUAUAGGUCAUCUAGUCCAACCCCCCCAGCACCGCUCAAGCAGGAGACCCUAUACCAUUUCUGACAAAUGGCAGUCCAAUUUUUUCUUGAAAGUCUCAAGUGAUGAAGCUCCCCCAACUUCUGAAGGCAACUUCUGUUCCAUGGGUGGAUUGUUCUCGCUGUCGGAAAAUUCCUCCUCAUUUCUAGGUUGAAUCUCUCCUUGGUCAGUUUCUAUCCAUUAUUCCUUGUCUGGCCUUCGGGUGCUUUGGAAAACAGUUUGACCCCUCCUCUCUGUGGCAGACCCUCAAGUAUUGGAAGACAGCUAUCAUGUCUCCCCUGGUCCUUCUCUUCACUAGACUAGCCAUGCCCAGUUCCUGCAACCGUUCUUCAUAUGUUUUAGUCUCCAGUCCCCUAAUCAUCCUGGUUGCUCUCCUCUGCACUUUUUCUAGAGUCUCAACAUCUUUUUUAUACUGUGGUGACCAAAACUGGAUGCAGUACUCUAGGUGUGGUCUUACUAGGGCUUUAUAGUGGUAUUAGUACCUCUACUUGAUCUUGAUUGUAUCUCUCUGUUAAUGCAACUUAGGAUCAUGUUGGCUUUUUUGGCUGCAGUUCCACAGUGCUGGCUCAUAUUUAGCAGGUUGUCCACUAAGAUUCCAAGAUCCCUCUCACGGUCACUGCUAUUAAGCCCGGUUUCCCCCAGUUUAUAUGUAUACUUGUAUACGGAGGCUAUGGAGGGAACCCACUCUGUGAACUGUCCCGGGUUUGAAGUUUCUUCGGAAGGUUUGGAGUUCCUGCCCCUGAGUCUUAGAUGGCUCAUUUUAUAACUGGUUCAUAGCGUGGGAAAACUCUGCAUUAAAUUUGUCUAUGGAGAUUCUCACUCAUCCAGGUCAGGGUUGUCCCCAAGGUUUUUUUUCAAAAAGGCAGCUGGACCUUUCCAUAAAAGCACAAACAUGCCUACCGUUCCUGUCCUAUUGUUUUCCUUCAUUAUAUCCAAUUAAUAUAGUUAUUACAUACUUAUACUCAUAUAUAUGCUUAUAUAUUGUAUAAUUAUUUCAUGCUUAAGCUUAUAUAUACUGUGUGACAAAAAUAAAUAAAUAAAAUAAAUAAGUUUCUCUUCUCAUCCAAGCUUCAAGACUCCAAGAUCCCUCUCACAGUCACUGCUAUUAAGCCUGGUUCGAACCCAGUUUAUAUGUGUGCUUUUGGUUUUUCUUACCUAAGUGUAAGACUUUACUUUUCUCUACAUUGAAUUUCAUUUUGUUAGAUAGGUCCCAGUGUUCAGGU